UAGCCUCUCAAACAAAGCACUACCUAGUUUAUUACCAGUUAACACUCGUAAUAUCAAUUGCCUUGGACAAAAUCACAAAAUAUUAGACACUUGACUCAUAAACAUAAUCUCUAACUCUCUAUCCUUUAGCCUGAUUCUUACCUGAGCUUCAAUGGCCUCUAUUUCAGCCACUUCUCUUAGAUUCAAAUCCUCUCUAAAGCUGCCUAGCUAUACCAGCCAGGCUUCUUCCAAAAUUUCAAGUUUGAGGACAGUUUCUGUGGGAUGGACCAGAAGGAGUUUAUCUUCUUUGAGAACCUCCAGCUUCAGCAUCUCUUGUGCAGCACAACCUGAGACAGUGCAGAAAGUUUGCGAGGUUGUUAGAAAACAACUUGCUCUGGCACCUGAAUCUGAGCUUACCCCAGAAACCAAGUUUUCAGCACUUGGUGCUGAUUCCCUUGACACAGUGGAAAUAGUCAUGAGUUUGGAGGAAGAAUUUGGCAUUAAUGUUGAGGAGGAGAACUCUGAAUCGAUAACAACAGUCCAAGAAGCAGCUGAUUUAAUAGAGAAACUGGUUCAAAAGAAAGGUGGAGAUUAAGAGGUGAACUUGAGUGUAAACUCAAGGGAAUUGAACAUGCAUUUCUGAAGUGAGAGUAGAAGUAAAAAUGAAUGAGGUUAAUCAUUUAACCAAGUUACUUGACCUAGAUUUUGUAUCUUCAAAUGCUACUUAGGAAACAGUUUAGCUUUUUUCCAUUGUGAUAUUGUUUAUCUUACUGUUCCUAUUUGUUGUUGUUUUUUUUUUCCGGAAGAUAUGUAUCCCAUUUGCUUUUGUAGGGAAAGACCUAAAGUAAAGUUUAUUCUAUUUGUCUAAUUUUAU